GCCGAAGAAUAAACCCUCGCAUCCGCUGUGAAAGGCUUAUGAGACGACCGGAGAAACAAAUCGACGGCACUCAAUGUGAACACUUCCUUUUAGUUGUCAACAACGAGUGUAAAGGGACAGUGAGUACAACUAGCCGACAGCACACACUGUUCAACUGUUGAAGACAGCGGACAAACAUCUGCACUUGAAUGUGUGCCGCUUAACUAAGUUUAGCCCCCCCAAUACAUCCAUGUGUAUAAUUUUCUUCAAGUUUGACCCCCGUCCUGCAUCCAAAAAUGCCUACAGGCUAAUUUUGGCUGCAAACAGAGAUGAGUUCUACAACAGGCCGUCCAAGCCUGCGGACUUCUGGGGGACCAACAGUGAGAUCCUCAGCGGCCUGGAUCUGGAGUAUGGUAAGGAAGGAGGAUCAUGGCUGGGGAUCAGCAAGCGGGGCAAGCUGGCUGCAAUCACCAACUACAUGGAGGGACGUCCCAACCCUGACGCACAAGGAAGAGGAUUUCUAGUGUCUAACUACCUGAUGGACAAGGAUCAGGACAGCUACUCCUACCUGAAGAAGGUGUCAACAGAAAGCCACUUGUACAACGGCUUCAACCUCAUCACAGCAGAAUUCAAAGCCAAACAAGACAUUGUGUGUUACUAUGGAAACAGAGGCAGCCCUGAACCCAUCCAUCUAAAACCAGCAGGAAUCUAUGGCUUGAGUAAUUCGUUGCUGGACACUCCAUGGAGGAAACUGCUGCAAGGCAAGCGUCACUUCACCAGUGCUGUCAACGACCAGUCCCUGUCCUGCGAUGGACUGGUGCAAGAGCUGCUCAACGUCCUCAAUAAUGAGGAACUGAACACACCUGAUCCAGCUCAGGAGAGCCAGGGUGAUGGUUACAGCAAGCCCAUGAUCCAGGCCCUGUCAGCGGUGUGUGUUCGCUCCCCUCAUUAUGGCACAAGGACCAAUACAAUUAUCCUGAUAGACGCAGAAGGUAAUGUGACCUUCACAGAGCGCACCAUGCUCAACUGUGACACAAGCAAGUGGAGCACCAGUUCUUUCCAGUUCCAGCUGCAGGUGUGAAGACAUGAUGGAGAAGACCCGCUCUGUGCCUUUCUGCCAUCCCCCCCCCCCGGCUGCACUUCUCCGUAGCAGCUAUGUGAACAUGACGACUCAUCUGCACUUUUUCUUCAGCUAGUCGGUGACAUGUAUUUCUUAUUCUUGAUUAAGUUAAAAUGCAUCUUUUGAAAAUGUGUGCUAAUUUAAAAGAUUGCCAAAGAACAUUUGUAGUUUUGUAGAAGAAAAUAUUUUACCUACAUGUCACAAAACAGCAGGCUUGGGCUGCUCCAAAAAGUCUCAUCCAUUACAGAUUGCUGGCAACCUGCUUUGAACUGCAAUCAAUACUGUUGUGCACAGGAUUAUUUUAAUGCAAUUUAAUUUAUUCUUGUUGGUGUCAGAUUUAUUUCCUUUAAAUCCAUCAUAUGACAUGGUACACUUUAUGCACAAUGUCUCAACUGCAGUUAGAAAUAGCAUCCUUUCAUUACACCAAAUUUUAUUUUAAUUUAAAAUCCUGCAAAUGAUGUACUGUUUUACACAAUAGGAUUUCCCCUGAAUUUCCCUAGAGAAAAAGUUCACAGUAACUGUCACACGGAGUUACCAACUACUUUUUAAAUUUCUGAUUACUGUUACCCCGUUACAGGUAAUUCAUUAUAUAUGCCCCGGCACUGCACAACAGUAGUAUCAGUGUUGGUUACAACAGACAUUUCAGUGUUGAAUGCAAAUAGUUUCAGGCCCUGGAUCUCUGACUGUUUCCAUGGUAGAAUAAUGCAUUUUACAGCUGCUUGACAAUAAAAACUAUUUAUCCAAACACUCAUAUAGAUAUAUAGAAUAUAGAAUAACUGCUGGCAUAUUACACAAACACACUGUGAGGAACCCCAAGUUUCUUUUUAGUAAGCACCUAUUUAGUGCAUUUCACUCUGUGUCAAAUAGACAGCUGACUCCUUUUACUUAAGCUUCCUGUGUUUCUUUUACCCACACAUGUCACUCAUACAGGCCUUUGGACACCAAUUCAACAGGAAGAAUAUUCACACUUACUAACCUGAAGAAAGCUAUUAAGUGUUUUAAAACUGGAUAAAGCUACAUGCAAAUAUUUUAAAAAUGUUAUCAAUUUGUUGUAGCCUUUAUACAUACAGGACUAAAAAGGUUUUUUAAGCUACAUUGCUUUCCACUAUCUUCUGUGUAGAGUGGUAUUUCAGUGAGGACACACUUAACCAGUGGUCCCCUCGGUUAAUGUGAACUCUUCAGGUACCCAUGAAAGCAGAACCUACACUUGAUAUGACUUAUGAAUAUUUUUUUCUUUGAUCUGCUGUCAGUAUGUGGAGCUUUGAUGAAGCCAUGCGGUGGUCCCAGGCAGCGUAUAGCAGACUUUAUUCUCCACAAAAAGGUUUUUUUCACAUGUGACAUUUUGACAGGUCACAGUAGUCAAUGUACAGGUGCAAAUAAUAAAAUUAAUUCGGGUUGAAUUUAGCUUCUUUGGUUUCUGGUUCCUUGUUAUUGUUAUUCGUAACACCUGUGUUUUUCCUACUUUGAAAAGUCAAAAUUACUGCUGUACAAGAUUGUAAGAUUAUUAAAAACAUUCAGUCAACACUGCAUUGAAUGUUCUUAAAAAGGUGAAAACCUGCUGCUCUUGAAUAUGAGCUAAACUUCUGUUAUGAAACUUAUUUUAUGAUAUUCUGAGAUACUUAAUAUAAAUUAAAACUGAUUUAAGAACCCA